AUGCUUUGCCACGUUUCUUUACCCGACAGCGUUGUCACAGAAUUCAAACUUCGGGAGAAAGCGAGAGGACAAGAGCUUUUACAAGCGGUUAGUAUUUUGCUUUGACUUGUCUGGCUCAAAGUCCACAGUCAUGUUUUUAACCCGUAGGAUCUAACUUUUUUGCUCCCUUUAUUUACGCCACGUCUUGUUCCUAUUUGCCAGGUCUGCAAAAGACUCGGAAUUAUUGAGCUUGACUAUUUUGGACUUCAAUUCUGUGGGCCAAAAAGCGAAGUUCUCUGGUUGAAUACGAGAAACAGGAUUCGUCGACAAAUUUCCGGUGCAUCGCCGUAUCGUUUGCAGUUUCGCGUAAAGUUCUUCGUCCAGCCACAGUAUUUGCUUCAAGAUUCUACAAGGUAAGAUGUGAAAACAUCUUCUAAUUAGAGAAAUGAGUAUUUUCCCACUGGAGAUUUUUUGGCGGGCAAAUCACUCGGAAAAUUCAUAAACUGGUACUUGUUCCUGAUCUGGUAUCAGCUGUGCUCAUAAAAUGUUGCCAUUUCUUUCUCGCACAGGCACCAAUACUUCUUGCAUUUAAAGAAUGACUUGGAAGAAAAGAAGAUAACCCCAGAUCCAGAGAAGGCAGCGACUAUAUAUGCUUUCAUUGCUCAGGCAACCAUCGGAGAUCACGGCGAUUCCUAUUCACCUUGUGAAUUUUGUCAGGCAUCGGAAGUAGAAACUCAGUGGACUUCCGAGUUUCGAAGCACCGUUUCUUUGGAACAUGCCAAGCUGAAGGGUAUGCGAUCGGUUGCAGCGAAACAGUUUUUCAUCAAGGAACUGUCGCUCAUGGACAACUACGGAUUUGAGUAUCAUUUGGCGAAAAACGAGUUGGGAGAAUCGUUGCACAUUGGUGUAGGAAGUGAGGAAAUAAAGAUAUUCGACCACGACUUUAACUUUACGGAUAGGUAAGGAAAAAACCUACUGUAUUUAUUUUCCUAAUGAGCUGAUCUUAUAUCUCAAGGGACUUUACAGGGUAAGAAAGAAAAUACGUGUUUUGCAAAGCGAGCUUCACAGUAAAUCACAUGAAGAGCACUACAAAGUUUAACCUGGCAAGGUCACAGCGGUUCAAAGCUUGUGUUUCUUAUGGUAAACACAUUAAUACUGCUUCGAAUUGGAUUUAUCCGCUUCACCAAUUUAGUAGGGUUUACAGAAAAAAUUUCGGCAAUAAUUUACGAAUGUUAUUAUUUGGCUUAAUUUUGAUCGAAGUGAAGUCCUGAUCGAGCUAAACCCUGUAGAUCUAAUUUUGCUUUAAGCUUAAAUUAUUUUGCAUAACGACACAUGGUUUCUUAACCCAAAUUAUUUUUAACAGCCAUGUAUUUUUUGUGGAACGGUUCAAAAUUAAAGUAUUUAUUUUAGAGCGUGAUGAUUGUUUUAUUGUACCAGCAUCGUACGUGAUGUAUGCAGAUCGUGUUUAUCUUUUCAACAUAUGUAUUCAACCCGACUCCACUAAGUCUACAGAUGAGCAAUAAACAUUCGCUCUCGGUGGAUCGGAUUAUUACGCUACACAUUCAAAAGAAUAGAGAGAGAACCGACAUCUUUAGCUGUCCAACACCCAUGAAGAAAUUUCACGUAUUGUGUCCCAUAUUUUACUAAUAGUAUUUUCUCAUAUUUUUUGGGUGAUCUGUGAUAAUAUAUUAUUUUCUUGUUGUACGUGACAAGUUCGUUCCCUCUAUUGUAAUCACAUGUCACAUCAAGCUCUCGUAUGAUUUUUGCAUUGCAAAGGCUUCGUAAGUUGGAUAUUGUCUGUGUCACCUUGAGGGACAAUUUUAUAACUUGAAAAGCUACAAUAGUUCUUUAGUUUAGAUCAUUAAGACUACUAUAGAGAUAAUCAAUGACAGCUCUGACCUCGAUAUCUCCGAGAUAUUUAUCUUGGUUGAAAAGCUUUAGGCUUUCGUGAGGGUCUGAGACAGUUUCUCAACAAAAAGCUCACCUUCGACUUGCAAGUACUGCUUCUCUUGAAGAGUGUUUGACAAAAAUAACAGAAUCAUUUGUGGUUUCAAGAUUAUAUUAGCUACAGAGGUAAAAACAUUUGCAUAAUUCUCAUAGCUCCAAGCCAAAUUUGUUAACUCAGGCCUGAAACAUGAAGGAUUAAAUUGGUGUGAAAUUUACAUGACAGUCUUUGAUAAUCAAUUUCUACUUAUGACCGUGCAAAUAGUGCUUUGGAGAUGUAGGAGUGUCAUUUCAUGAGGUUCUUGACUCGUUUCUUGUUUUCAAGACUAUGUGAAAAUAUUAUUAUACUGAACAAAGAGGGCAAAGAUAAAAGGGUUGUUGUCUAUUGUCUAAUUUAUAGGACCAUAAUUUUGUGGUUUUUCAUUUUUCCUUUAAGUGGUUCUCUAGCUAUCCUUAUGACAGUAACAGUGUGAAAAUGACAAAUUGGUAUUAAUAACUUAUUGCUUAUAAUGCCAUUUGUUAUCACACAAGCUUGGCCCACGUACAUCUCAAUUCAUCCAAUUAUACGCUUUAAUGCAAAUGUUUGUUUUUUGUUUAAAAGCUUUGAUUUUGAAAAUAUCCCCUUAGCAAUAUGGCCCUUCACAGGUAAUAAACAGCCAGUCCUUUACAUAGAAACUGUUCCAUGUUAGACUAUAAUGACUGUUUUGGAGAUGCGGCGCAGUGCUGUGUCAAUAUUACCCUGUUGAAAUGGUUGGUAUGUUUUUUGUGACAGAUUUCCAUACACUGGUCUUAAAAUGGCAACACAUGUGAAGAACAACCUACAUCUGACGAUAAUAACUUCUGAUGGGGAGACAAUGCUCACAUUCCGUCUGGUCAGUCAGGUAGCUGCUUGCGCUCUUUACAGAUCCAUCACAGAGUAUCAUGCUUUUUACCGCUGUGAGACUGUGCGUAAUGCUGUUACGAACCAGUUCACAAGGGACCUAAAAGAAACUCUUAUUUCUUUGUUUGGAGAUGAGGAAUCUGAGAAAAAAUACAUCUUUGAUGUUCAGAGGACUUCCAAAGAGGUUUAUGAUCAUUGUCGGAGAGUUUUGUUUAAACGCGGGUGUGAUCCCAUUCAGAGAAAUUCUGCCAGGGAACAACUUGAGGAUAAACCCCAGAAUGCUGAUGUACAAGCAACUCAACUCCAGCAAAAACUGACCAGGAUGGAGGAUUCAUUUAAGUGCAAAAUCUGCAUGGAUGCACAGAUAGACACGGUGUUCUGUCCUUGUGGUCACAUGGUUUCAUGCCAUGUCUGUGCAGGAAAUGUCAACCUUUGUCCCAUCUGCAGAGGCACGAUUCAGCAUGUCCAGCAUGUGUUCUUUCCUGUUAUGGUUGAGUAA